CCCAACUCCCGUCCUUUUACCUCAAGCUUUGUCGUUGGGUAUAGCUUUGUGUGCACAGAACGAACAAUGCCGCCAAAAUUCGAUCCUACGGAAAUUAAAUUAGUUUAUUUGCGAUGUGUUGGAGGUGAAGUCGGAGCUACAUCUUCUUUGGCUCCUAAAAUUGGUCCCCUUGGUUUGUCUCCAAAAAAAGUUGGUGAUGAUAUUGCUAAAGCUACCGGUGAUUGGAAGGGACUUAAAAUAACUGUAUGUCUGACUAUUCAAAACCGUCAGGCUGCUAUAUCAGUUGUUCCAUCAGCAGCUUCUUUAAUUAUCAAAGCCUUGAAAGAACCUCCCCGUGAUAGGAAGAAGCAAAAAAACAUUAAACAUAGUGGAAACAUUACCUUUGACGACAUUCUUUCGGUAGCGAGAACAAUGCGGCCUAGAUCUAUGGCUCGCAAUUUGGAAGGUACUUGCAAAGAAAUUUUGGGAACUGCGCAAAGCGUAGGUUGUACUGUAGACGGAAGGCCGCCUCAUGACAUUAUUGAUGACAUUAAUAGUGGCUCCAUUGAAAUUCCCUCUGAAUAAAUAAAAAGUGUUUAAUCUACUUUCCAAAUUCAGAAAUAAAACUUGUUAAUUAUUUAAUCUGACUUAAAUUUGGAAGAAUACCAGGCAUAAUAUGUCAGGUGAUGUAUAACUUAAUUACAUUAAACUUUAAUCUUGUAUUCGUUGUCAGAAUAAAGCAAUAAGAAAUGCAUGUCGACUUGAA